UUAUCGUUUUGUAACAAUGGAGCGUCUAUUGAUCAACACGAUAUGGCGCUCCUACGCAACAAAAUUAACUGGGUCCCAGGUGAAGUUAAUGGCGCGGGGAUUGCCUAAAAAGCAACCGAUUAUUGGAGUACAAGAUAUUAUAGUCGUUGCCUCUGGAAAGGGUGGUGUUGGAAAAAGCACCGUGGCAGUUAAUUUUGCCUGCAGCUUGGCAAAACUAGGAAAGCGAGUAGGAUUGCUGGACGGGGAUAUCUUCGGGCCUACUAUUCCACUUCUCAUGAAUGUCCAUGGUGAGCCGGUUGUGAACGAUAAGAAUUUGAUGAUCCCGCCGCAAAACUACAAUGUAAAGUGCUUGUCUAUGGGCAUGCUGACACCUGUAGAGACCUCUGUUAUCUGGCGAGGUCCUCUUGUAAUGUCAGCAAUACAACGACUGCUAAAAGGUACUGAUUGGGGGCUUCUAGAUGUCCUAGUUAUAGAUACUCCACCGGGCACUGGAGAUGUACAUCUCUCACUAUCCCAGCAUGCACCUAUCACAGGGGUUAUCCUGGUAACAACACCUCAUACUGCAGCUGUUCAGGUGACCUUGAAAGGUGCAAGCAUGUACGAAAAGUUAAAUGUUCCUAUCUUUGGCGUAGUAGAGAACAUGAAGUACACCAUUUGUCAGAACUGUAAUCAACGAUUGGAGUUUUUUAAAGACAGCCGUAUAAGUUCUCUACCGCGCAAGCUAAUUUCUCUUCCGUUAGACUCACGAAUAGCGGAUAGCAACGAGAGUGGAGUGCCUGUUGUAAUAAAAUAUCCGGACAGCAAGUACUCUUAUCUAUUUACCCAAUUGGCUGAGGAGAUUACACAAAUACUUAACGAACAAAGAUGUAAUCAAAAUCAAAAUAACAGUGCACAUUAAAAAAAAUUUGUGUAUAUCAAAAAUUCUUAUUACUUACAUUUGUUAUGCUGUACCGCUAAAACCAAUAAAGUUAUCAGGGGAAAGGGACUGUUGUUUCGUUUCCCGCAUUUACAUUAAACAACACACCACAAAACCAUGUCAUGCUUCACAGCUAAGACUAAGAGAAGGUUUCAAACUAGUUCUGCUUUUUGUGGAUUGAUUUUUGCUGGUAGUUUCAAAAAUGUAACGCCAACUAGCUGAAAUCCUCUUCUGGCUUCUUUAAUCUAGAUUGCUCAUCUUGUCUGUGACAGAUACAAUCUUCAUGUUUAAAUAUGCCCUCCUAUAGCAAAACGUGUCCCGGAUAUUAACCAUCUCCACGCUUUCAAACAGGCUCUGAAUUCGUGCGCUUGUGAGAAUUACUAUAGUAUUCGCACCUCUAAAUUUGGAUAUACACAGCCAUUUCUAAUGCUUUUUAUCCAUCCAUUUAUCAAUGGUAAAUUGUCAGUUUUGGCAUCAUCAACUUAAGGAUGACAACCUAUACUGAAUUGUGAUUCCGGGUUUCAUUUUUAUAUUCAUUAAAUUAUUAUUUAUUAUUAUUAUCAUUAAAUAUAUUGCCCGAGAAAAGCGGAUUGCCAAAACGAACCGAUCUCUGCUCUGAAGAAGACAACGAAGCGACAAUCAACUACAGACAAGGCAAUACUUGUUUUUCGUAAACCUAAAACAAGGAUCGAAUGUCGACAAAGUACUGAAAAUAACUCAACUAGGCAGACAUCGAGUCACUAUGGAGCGUGCGCGCCGCAGAAAAGAGUUUUACAGUCUGAAAUGUCACAUUUUUAGGCACUCAACGAAUUAUUGUCUUCAGAAUCCCAUCCGUGGUAAAUGUGCUGGAUCCCACGUUACACGAGGUCAUGCUUUUAGUUUUCUUAAUAUUUCUAUUCUCACUUUGCUCGUUUAAAUGGGGCUCAACUUGAAUCAAAUAUUGCUAAGCAAUAUCUGAAAGGAUCAGAAUCAAUGCAAGACCUUAGCUUUGGGAAUAAAUUCCUCUAGAGAGAUUCUAGAGACGAAGACGCAGAGCUAGUUUGUUGAUCCAUGUUGCCACGCCCACAAACCGCGCAAAACUGCCACGCCCAAAUUUUUGAACCAUUUUUCGACCUUUUUCUUAAUUUUAUUGGAACAAUUUUUAAAUUUGUUCUCAUUUUAUUCCCCAAUAUCAAUCGCGAUCCAAGAGAGCGUUCGCUCACACUUGCUGAGUAACGGGUAUCUGAUAGUCGGGGAACUCGACUAUAGUAUUCUCUCUUUUUUUAUUAUAAUUUCAUUUACUAAUGUACGAAAUAUUUAAUUGAUGUCCUUCAAUUUUGGGCUGCACUACACUCUAAACCAAAUGCGGCGUCUCGCUCUCACUUACACUUACACAUAUAAAAAAACACUAACUCAAAUUAAUUCAUUAUUUCGGACCGGACCGAGAUCGCUGCCUAGUUACGGAAUCUCUUCGCGGUCGAAAAUUUGGCCUAAAGAUUUUUAUCAUGCAUGCCAGUUUUCCGUAAUUUCAUUUAAAUUUAUGAUUUUCACUUUCCCGGGCCUCAAGGCCCUGUCCUGGGGUCCCACAAAAACAGCCGCCGUCCUUCUAUUUUCUAUUGGUGAUCCAAACGGCUUCGACUUUGUUCUCUUGCAAGACCCAGUUGAUCUAGGGGUUAAUAUUCCGGCACUGCGUCCAAAUUAUAUUUAAAUUAUGUUUUAGAGGUAUCUAACCUGAAUUUGCCCCGCACUCGCUUACCCUUUAUUCCGAAUCCAGCACCUCGAUAAUAAUUUGAAUUUUUUUAAGGAGACCCUAUAGAGUCUCCGGUACAAAAGGAAAAAUGGCGAUCUUGAUCAAGAGCCCCGAGAGAGGACAUCGUCGUUACAAUCCAGUACAAAGACCGGACGGAAGAGAUACUGGGCAGGCAAAAGGAUAUAAGAUAUAAAAAAGCCAAUGUGAUCAACACAGUGGAAGUGAUCGACCACACACGUACUCAGUAUGGAGUUUGUAUAAAGUUAAAGGGAAAGUUUUUUUUUGGAAAAGAUCCUCUGAGUUCAUGAAGGGGUUCGGGACGAACAUCCAGCCAGGAGGGCCGAAACAAGCCAGAAGACAAGUAGGCCAAAGGUCGCGAAGUGAUCGUCAGUCACAAGAGAGCGUAUGAGAUCAAUCAUAUUGAUGAGCAGUCGGACCCGAGAUCUCAAGCGGAACACAUUAAAUCCCACACUUUUAUAGACUCAUCAAAGUGUAAGCGUUGUCAUUGAUUCGAAACUUUUUUUUAAAUAAAUUGGCGAUUCCGUUAUAGGAUGGCUUGCAUGGGAUGGCUUAGUUUAUUCGAAAGAAACACACGUAUUGCUCGAAUCAUUAUAUACGUUGCCCCGCAUGGGGCAUUGAACUUAUCAAUACGGUUAGCAUAAGUAAUAAGUAUCGUAUUGGACUUGUCGUUAAGGUUUAACAAUAACAUUAACAUUAAUAAGUAUUUAUCUUCUUACAGUCGGCCCUUCCUGAUUUAAAUUAACGUCCUCGCUGGACGUCGUCGUCCGGAAGGCGACACCACGGUUUGAGCUUAUCGGAUGAGUAGACGGACUUAUAAUGGCGUAGAGUCCUUCGAUGACAUAUCGAUCGUUCGUUUUUACCGUUCCAGUUGCGGCAGGCUCAUUCUCCACUAAGAUGAGAUAAUCUUUUUUAUACAUAGUCGGAGGAUUAUGUUUGGCAUCGUAGUAUAGUCUCGCUUUGACAAUAUUCCGUAUCUUCUCAUCUUAAAAUUGAAUGCUAAAUAGCCAGUCUCCUUCGUCGAUUAUGGUCUUGGAUAUUUUUAAGUCGGCGUUGUUCAAUUCGUGCGCUGGUUCAUAUGGAGAUCGACUAAGCACGUCCACAUGUUCCUGUGGAACAUGUCCUGGAUGAGUAGCCACCACCGGGCUGUUCUUGGGAUGAGUUCGCGUUUUCUCAAUGUUGUACGUAAUGCGCUGCAAUCAUUAAUGACUUUAAUACGCUUGCUAUACACAUAAUAUGUAAACCUUUCCAGCGCCUCUACAACGGCGAGAGCUUCUAGUUCGUAGCUGUGCAUUUUCCUUACGACCUUCGUUGUUGACCGGCUGAAGUAUGCGAUUGGUAACAGCUUGUCGUUAUCUCGCUGCAGGUCGAUCGAACUAGCGUCUGUAUGAAGUUCGUGCUCCGCGUCUACGCGGUAGAUUACAAGAAUCGGUUUACAACUGAGCUUCUGUUUUAAUUCGUUUAAUGAGUCUUCCUGCUGCUGCUGCCAUUAGAAGUUGACAUUUUUUCGGAACAAAUUCUGGUUUCGGAAAUUCGACUACAUCAUUUGUCUUUACUUCUCCUGGGCUAAGACAGGAGAGUUUCAUUAUAAAAUUCGCAUUUGUCGAUGUUUAACGUUAAACCACAUUCGCUUAAUGCGCUUAAAACCACUGAAACUUUGCCAGUCAUCUCAUCGAAAGAGUUGCUCCAAGCGAGGAUGUCGUCCAUAUAGUGCAACAUGUUGUCUUUGCGGUGAAUCUUCUGAAUGCGGUCGAUUUGCGAUCCGCUAACAGCUAAGCUUAAAGACUGAUGAAUGACGAACGAUACUAACACAAAUAUUUUUCAGAAACUUUUAAUAUUCGUUAAUCGUAAUGUUGGAGAGGUAAGAGCCGUACCAAGAUGCUGAACAUAGGAUGGAUAGGCCCAAGUCCUUUUUGAAUGCGAGGGCACUAAUACGCAGACGUAACAACUAUAUGCAUUUGUUUUUAUUUUUCUGUUUGUGUGCGUGUACUAAACAUGCCUUCUUCUACUCUUACUGACCAUAUCGUUUGUAUUUUCUGAUCGCAUUUUUUCUCAUCUCAUUUCUCUCAUUAUCUUACAUAGACAUCAAACAGUCUUGAAUUACUUAAAUAUCCAAAGUAGGCAUAUUUAAAACAGUUAACUUUGGUACUUUUCGAAUUUGUUGAACCUCCUUCCGAGCUUAGAAUUCUCACCUUUAUUACCUAUGAGCUCUUUGUUGGGAUCUUCAUUCAGAACGUCGUUCACUACAUUGAGCCUUUCACAUGUCGGUCAACGCAAAACUUACAUGUCACAACUUAUCCCCGAAAUCUCUCUAAAGCAUAACUGCUUUUAAUCCAAACUUACAUACAUCUGUAUAAAUCUCUGUCUCAAGUGAUCGUAAAGCUUUAGAACUUUUCCUUUGAUUAACGCUAUUUUUAACAUUUCAAAUGCUCCUUAGUGCUUUUAUGAAAACUCAUAUUUUUUUGGUACUGUCAUAUUUAUGUCUCUAGCAUAUGAAAUACAUUCGUCGCUGUACAGUUAUUCAGCUCAGCUGACCCGCAAAUCCCGCAACCUAAAAAACUGUCUUUCUCCCUUUAAAUCCAGUCGUAUCUUAUUGAACUCCAAGAGCUUCCAACGCAACAAUUCCACUCCAUCUCUCUUUUCUUUUUUUUUUGCCGACACCGCGGUAUCGAUGACAAUAUUUAGAUUCCUCUCAGCCAACCGACGCUCGAUAAGUAAUGCAGGGAACGUACUCAAAAAAGUCGCCGUCGUCCUCGAUCGCGCUAAAGCGAGUGAGUUAUUCAAGCUGGUAUUACUGCCAGUAACAUGACAUCGAUGUGAUUUUUCAUAUGGGCAUUGGGUUUUUUAAUAACAAUAAUUUUGUAUACCAAUUCUUUGAAAUCAUUGAAAAAAUUUUUUUUGAAUUAUAUUAUUAUAUAUUUUUAAUAUUUAUAUUAUUAUAUAUCAAUGUAGUUGUAUUGUGAGGCAUUGGAAACAGUACGUUUGUAGUACUACUCAGAUAUUGGCAAAUGUUACCUUAACCGAACACACAUUUGAAAUUUUAUUCCAUGUAGUUUUAGGUGAUUAAGUUAAGAUAUCUUAAUUGGACGAAAAAUAUUGAGCCAAGAUAUGGGAGUUACAAUAACAUUUAACGCUCUAAAUAUAUUUAGUGAAAAGUCCUUUUCACCUGUUUGAUUUCUGAAUGUAAAUUUGAUUUCGCUAGUGUCGAUACUGAUUUACGUGGACCAGACCAAGAUAAAUUAAUAUCAUUAUUACUAGACUACUCAAGUUUAUUCUUAAGUGGUAUUCCACAAAGAAGAAAGAAACUCGACAACAGCGUUCACUCUUUCACUCAUAUACCCCCCGAGUAAACUCAGAGGUACCAAUUCGGUUGCACACUUGUCGGGUAACACACCCCCUUUGGUGAAGGAGAUCCUUCUAGCUUAAGCAACCACAGCCACCAUGAAACUCCCAGAAGGGGGCCUACCUCGCAUGAGCGAUGCUCAUCCCAUGGUACCGAUUAGGGCUGGGUUGGCCCCCUGUUACAUACUUUUUAACGACUCGAGGAUACCCUUUUACUCUACGAGUAACGUGUAUACGUGUAUAAAAACCAAAUAAUGUGCUAUUUCAAUGCUGCAUCUUUUCUGUGUAGUAUAUUUAUAUUUAAUAAAUUGUCCAUUUAAUACAUUUGUAAUACUAAUACAUAUAUACUGAGUUUCCGAGCUUGAUUACAUUUCAACGAAAUGCCAUCUCUCUGCGGCUUAUUGCAGAAAUUUGUAAGCCCAACCCAGCUGCUAAUAUAUUGCACGGUCCGUUUGGGCCGUAUCCGUACAUCAACGACCACGAGAGGCUUGGAAAACCUAAAGCUAUCAGCUCCAAAAUUAACACCAGGAUCGAGGACGAAAGUAGUCCAGAUACAUUUUAAUGGUGGAGUAUUACGAAAAAAUUCUUUCAUAAACCAAUUAAAUACAGCUGAUCUUUCAAUUCCGAUCUGAGACGACGUUGUUUUUGCUAACGCACACAAAUUAAACAAUUUUAGUUUUGAUGGAUGUCGAUCAACUUCAGAGCUUCAAAACAACCUAUGGGAGAGCAUGACGGAGAUCACGAUAUGGUUGGCGUAUGUGGCACUGAAAGGCCACAAGCCUGAUGCAAAAUGUAGAAAAGGCCAAACCACAGCAGCAAUUGUCAAGACUUGGCUCGUCUGGAAAUGCCCUCACGUAUAUAUUACUCCAGCACUGUCCGCAGACAUAAAUGUAAUCAAAUAUUCGCCGUAGCCUUGAGGACGGAUUUGAUUUUAUCUUUCUUAGUCUAGCAGCAAUUUCGCAACUGCGAGAAACAAUCUGUGAGCUACUGUGGUUUGAGUGAAUAAAUGUUUAUAAAU